AUGGCACCGCAAAUAUCUCCGGCGUUUGCGGCGCACUCUUCUCCUGCUGCCAUUGCCGAGUCCAAGGCCAAGCCGUGGCUUAUAGAAACCUUAACGCACAUCAAAGCCAAUGAGCCGCUCGAUCAGACGUAUUUCACUAAAAUCCUGUCGUCGCUAAACGCAUCCUGGACGCUUGCAUCGCUCAUUUUUGGCAAGUCGGAAUUACCUUCGGACGAAGACAAUACCGUUCAAAUCGAAGCAUUUGUUGAUGAUAUCCUUUGCAACAAGGUCGAAUUCAAGCUGACCGCACGCACGAUCGAGGCCCUCAGUGAAUAUUAUACGGUCCAUUGCUAUGUUGGAGAACAACAGCACAAUAAAUCGCAUGAGGACCUCAUUCAGGCCAUCGAAUGCUACGUCUUCUCGAUGCCUAUCUCUGUGUUUGAGGACUUCGAGAAGAACGGCGCCGUUGACCCAAUCCAGAGUCAAGAUGUCAAAACCAGCAUCUUGGAUCUUUUGUCCAACUAUGGCCCCAUAAUAACGAUCAAUGCGAUACCUGGAAAGACCUCAGCCGAAUUAUCAGAGAGAGCGUUCCCGCCAGGCGAGUUCCCCGCCGCCGCUUUCGACCUCAAGUCUCUUUUGAUCCGCAUCUGCCCUGCCCAAGCUGCUUCCGCAGGACGAGCUCAAGGGCUUUUCCACAUGGGAUAA